GUCACUUAUACUCGAAAGGCAGACGAGCUUUUGUCUCCAACUGGGGCUUGUGGUGUUACAACGUAUUGCUGAAUUUCCACCUUCAGAAUGGCUGACGCGGAACAGAAAGCAAUGCAACUGAUGGCUGAGGCCGAGAAGAAGCUGACUUCUUCAAAGGGUUUUCUCGGAUCUCUGUUUGGGUUUUUCUCGGGAUCGUCAAGAGUGGAUGAAGCCAUGGAUUUGUACCAACAAGCUGCUAACAAGUUUAAGAUGGCUAAGAAGUGGAGUUCAGCAGGACAUGCCUUUACUGAACUGGCAGCAUUACAUGGCAAGGCCGGCUCACGCUUGGAUGCUGCCACAAACUUUGUAGAGGCAGGAAAUUGUUACAAGAAGACAGACCCUAAUGAAUCAGUCAAUUGUUUGCUGAAGGCGAUUGAGAUUUACACUGACAUGGGGAAGUUCACUAUGGCUGCCAAACACCAUCAGUCUAUUGCUGAGAUUUAUGAAACUGAGGUUGCAGACAUCGAAAAGGCCAUCCAACACUUCGAGCAAGCUUCUGAUUACUUCCGUGGGGAGGAAAACAAUUCAUCGGCAAAUAAGUGUCUCCUGAAAGUAGCCAUGUUUGCAGCACAGAUGGAAAAUUAUGAAAAAGCCAUACAAAUUUAUGAACAGGUUGCAACAAGCUCCCUUGAAAGUUCUUUACUCAAGUACAGUGCUAAGGAAUACAUGUUCCGUGCAGCUCUCUGUCAUAUGUGUAUUGAUCUAACUAAUGCUAAGAUUGCAGUGGUAAAGUACGAGGAAAUGUACCCAGCGUUCCAAGACUCACGAGAAUGCAAGCUUAUCAAGUCUCUUAUGAACCAUCUUGAGGAACAAAACGUGGAUGCAUUCACAGACACAGUAAAGGAUUAUGACUCAAUUUCACGACUUGACCAGUGGUACACCACAAUGCUACUAAGGAUCAAGAAAUCAAUCAACCCAGAGGACAUUUGUUAAGGUGCUUAAAAAAGAAAAUUGAAGAAAAGGCACUGACAAUGGAGUACUAAAAAGGAAAGCAAUAACUAGGAUGGUAGUACUGUGGCACUAUUGAUGUAGAUACGAAAAUAAUGUUCUGUGGGUGAGUGUAAGUAGGAUACCGUACCUUCUGGCAUAAGAUAAUAUGCAGCUCAGCUUGAUUGAUUUUACAAAUCCGGAUGGAUGUAUUACUAUACAGCGCAGUUGUGGUGAUUAUUUAUUUAGAAGUAGUGAAUGAUAAUAUUUUAGUAUCAACAGUUUGUAACUUAUGGUCAUAGUAUGGGUGUUGUUCAAAGAAUGAGAACUAGAUUCUCGUUCUCAAUCUCUAUCACGAUUCUCAUACAAUAUGAAUGUGUUUCCGGUAUAUGUAAUAACUGUUUAAUCUAGGUCUGAGCAAAUGAACAUUACAUAUACAUAUUUAAAAUUUAUUCACCCAGCUACUGUUGAAAAAUGGUGAGGUAAGUUGCCAUUAUGGUUUGAUGUGUAUGAUCGUGGAAUAUAAAAUAGCAAAGCAUACUUACGUAUUGUUAUUUAAAGGAUUGCUAUUUAUUUCAGUUUGAAAUUUUGUGCUGCAGGUGAUGGUAAUAUAGUAACAUCAUCCUAGUUGGGUAUUUUGUACCCAGAACUUUCCCAUCGUCUAUGUGCUUGGUUAGUAUGCCAAAUCCUUGAAACUUUCUUUGUAAGUAACAAGAACCUCUGAUCCUAAGCUUAAUGAAGAUUAGUUGUUAGGAAAGAUAUUACAAGAUUUGCUGAUAAAAAAUGCUGACAUUGCCAUUACGUAUAUAUAAUAUCGGGGCUACUGAAGUAAGAAGUGGGAGCAGAUAAAUGCCUUUCAGGAAUUGUAUGAAGCUAUGAUCACCUAAAUUAAGGGAGGAAAAAUUAUAAUUUUACCCAAAAAGGAGUUUCAUUUCUGUUACGAAGCUAGUGCAGUGGUCUGUCAGUUGCAUUAGUCCUAAAAGUAUGGAAACUUCAAUUGAUGAUUGAUAUUUUACAAAUAGCCUUUUACACUGCAGUAUUGUAUAUUUUUGCAAUGCAUUAUGUGUUCAAUAGUACCACCAUUAACACUCACCUGAUACUUUAAAGUGCAAGUUGAUUUUAUGUGUAAUGCAAAGGAAUUUUUGUGUAGAAUUUUAAUGAGUAUCAGAAAAAUUGAUACAGUACUUGAGUUUUCAUAACCAAAAAUUAUGACUACCAGGAAGCUUCUUAUUUUGAAGAUUAGUACAAUUACAUUUUUUUGGGGGUGUGAAUAUUUUAUAUGCAAGGAGAGUAUAUUACAAAAGGUCUAAAUAAAAUGUCCUUGUUUUAUUUACAGUACUGUACAUGUCACAGCAA